AUGUUGAACUGUCUCAACAUUGGCGUAGGAACACCAACUCCAAUCAAGACCAUCAACGUCAACUGGGCGUUCCAGCUCAACUUCCAGCUGCCGUGGAACAGAUCUCAAAUACCAGUUGACAUCUUCGGAGUUAACAGCGGAUACGUUGGAACUGCGAGAAGAGACACUUCUGAACAGUAUACCAGCGAUGCAAGACUGUACCAUUUCUAUAAAUACGUGGAAGAUAUGUUGACCAGUUUUGGAUACAACGGAACGUCGUGUGUGCUACGAACGCUGUGUCAGCUCGGCGCUGAGCCUCUCCAUGCCACCAGUGACGAGGACUUGCUGCACGAAAUAGCCACUUACACACUUAAUCCACUUAACGAUAUCUCAGAGGAGAGCAAGGAAGAAUCAUCCCCAUACAUCCACGCGUACGAAGAGGGACUGCUAGGCAUUGCAGAGAUCUGCACCGCUACAUCGUCAAUAUUCCUCGAACACGUGCUCGAACCUCCUCCUUUUUGA